UGCUUUAGGGCUUGCAAGCGGUCGGAUAAUUGGAUUUUUUUGCCAACUUUGCGGCUGUUGACGGUUUCGAAUUCCCUUCAUUUUUUUGUCAACAAAAGGCGAACGUCCUUCUCCUUACUUCCCCCGGCUUUGUACUGCCAUACAACCUAUCGCCAAUCACAUUUCCGCCCCAUAGUUGAAGAUUCAGUGGAGAUCGUAUAAUCUGCUUUUACAAAUGCAUUAACAAGAGGGGGAACAUCCCAAAGAUUUUCCUCCUUCUUUCCUCUGCCUGCAGAACCAUUUUCAUCAACACAUCACCACCAUUCUUCGUCUAGCCGCCUCGAGCAGCACUCCAGGAUACAGCUUCUCACCCGAAUCCAGCCUCAGGACGUUUCCAACAGCACCACCAAAAUGAGUACCCCGGAAGCGGAUAUCUCCCAAAUGGAGGUAGCUACCUCCGUCUGGGUCAUAGUCAAGGACCAGAUCACGCAAGACGGGAACACCAACAAUAUCGCGCACAUCGCGACCAUCCUCUUCGACCAGCUUGAUGAGACCUCCAAGAAGAUGCUUCUGAGCUGGUUCCGAAUUCACUCGGGCAUCAACGAGAUUUCUUUCGUCCGUGACAUCAAGGCUCGUCGCUACUACAUUGGGCCGACCUUCUCCUUUGAGCAGGACUUUCAGGUCGUCAUGAUUCAAGGUGUCGGCGCGGUCUGGCUCUGGGAUCUCCGGAAGAGUGGUCAAGAUGUCAGCAUCAACUCCUGCAACAUCUCGGAUGAGACAGCCUGUGGCUUCAACAAGAUCCGAUUUGAUCGUACUGCGACUGGAACUUCCACUGCGAUGAUGAUUUCCGAAGUCUCCGGCGGCGAGUCUUUCUCAUUCGGUGCUGGAUAUCUCGACGAGGCCUCCUCUCCCGACACUGUUGCCACCACAGAUCAUCUUGACAGCAUCCCUAGCAGCCCCAUCGGUCAAACUGACCACCACCACGCCAUGGACUUUGGCCUCGUCAAUCCUGGUGACUCAACAAGCGCCAAUAUCGUCGAGCAGCUGGUCUACAAUGGCUCCCUCAUGUCACCGUCCCAGGUCUUCGACUCUGGAAUGAUGCAGCAGGAUGUGUUCCAGCCGACGUUCGCCCAACAGAACAUCGCGCGGCCUAACUUGAUCCACCCAAGUAUCUUCCAGAGCUUCUCGGCACCUGCCACAUCCCUAGCCUCGAGCUAUGCCGGUCUUGUUGCGUCGGCCGGAUUCACGAUGCAAUCCAGCGCCCAUGCCAUGCCCAAUGGCUCCACCGUCAAUCUUUCCCUUCCCACUCAGACUGAGCCCCAGUCCAACAAUGUCGCCCAGGAUCCUAAGCCUCAGAAGGAGGAGAAGAUUCCGCGUCCUCCCAAUGCCUACAUUCUUUACAGGAAGGAGUUUCACGCUACUGUCAAGGCCAACAAUCCCGGAAUUCACAACAAUAUGAUCUCUGUGAUUCUGGGAAAGCAGUGGGCAAAUGAGACUCCCGUGAUGCGCUCCAAGUACAAGAAGAUGGCCGACGACAUCAAGCGCAAGCUUCACGAGAAGCACCCUGACUAUCGCUACACCCCGCGUCGCUCCAGCGAGAUCAUUCGCCGUCGGACCAACCGUCAGGCGACUGCGGCUGCCGCCGCCACCGAGGCGAAGGAGACUCCCAACUAGGUUUUACAGGAGAACGAACGGGGAAGCUGGGAGGGAGGCCGGUCCUAACCUAGGAGGCGAUACACAGCAAUAGCGGAACUUCACAGAUACCCAUCCUCGAUGUUCUGCCUUCUCUUUACAUUCCUGCAAGGGGACUACCUCACAGCCCCAAUGACAGCAUAGCCAUGGCGUUUAGACAUGAUUAAAGGCGGACUUUGGUGAGGAGGAUGAGAAAUAUACGCCGUGGAGACUUGAGAAGGAAUUCGAUAGCAAAUCGACCGGCUGUUUCGAGCGACAGUGUAUUUACUCAGGUGAUAAUGCACUUCUGUCUAAUCUUCACCGACGAGAAGAAGUCGCAUGCUCCUCAUUAAUACAGUAAAUGCAGACGAAACCAACCAUAUAGCUCGG